AUGGCCCCCCGCGUCCUUAUCUUUGGCACUGGCAGCAUCGGCGCAGUCUACGCAUGGGUGCUAUCUCAAGCUAUUCCCGCAUCAGACAUCACGGCGAUAUGCCGCUCCAACUAUGAAGAAGCAUCGAGGAAGGGCUUUACUAUACAUUCCACACAUUGGGGCAACGAUCUAAAAGUGCAGCCAGCAGUAGCAAGAACCGUCUCAGAAGCCGUAGAGGCCAGCUCGGGGAAGCCAUUUGACUUCGUCUUCAUCUGCUCAAAGGCCUUGCCCACGAAACCAUCGACUGCGGAGCUCAUCAAACCUGCCGUUUCGAAAGACACUGCCAUAGUGCUGAUCCAGAAUGGCAUCGGCAUAGAGGGCGAGUUCGCCACAGCCUAUCCCAACAACCCUGUUCUGAGUGCGGUGGUGUAUCUCCCCGCUACCCAGGCGCCGGAGCCGGCCAAGAAUGCCGCCAAGUCUCUCGUGGAUCUUCUCACUGCUGCCGGGGCAACGGCGAAGCUCCAUGACGAUGUGCAAGCCGAGCGGUGGGGGAAACUACUGGUCAACGCCUCGUGGAACCCCAUCUGCGCCUUGACCCGGUGUCGGGACAGGCAGUUCCUAGACGCAAACGAUGAUGUCCUCUCCUUCAUCAAGGACGUCAUGAUGGAAAUCGCUUCGGUCGCGCAGGCGUACGGGUAUUCCAAGAUCAACGGGGAACUGGUGGAAUAUCAACUCAACAGGGCAGCCAAGCGCGACUUGCCCGGCGUCCAACCGUCCAUGCUCGCCGAUACUCUGUCUGAGAGAAACUUGGAGGUGGAUGCCAUCGUAGGUAACGUCGUGCGACUGGCCAAGGAAAAGGGAGUGAAUGUGCCUUUGUUGAGGACGAUAUACUUGCUUGCUUGCGGGCUGGAUCACAGCUUCACAUUGGCGAGGGCCUCCUAA